AUGUCCGACAGAACCGUCCUUUCACAAAGUCAUUCAUUUCAACCUUACUUGAGCAGCAGUCAGAAAGAUGCUAUACUCCAAUCAAGCCUGCCUCGAACCAAUGCACUUUUGAUGGAGGUUGCCUCGUUACUUCCCGAAUGGACAGCUGAUUUGUUGUUCCAGAUAGACAAGUGGGAUCGAUUUUCCGAUCGGGUCCGCGAAAAUGUCAACCCUCUGUGUUCCGACGAGCAGGUGGAAACACUGGUACAACACUUACAAUACACCGGAAAUAUUACUGUGAUUGAGUCACCUUCCGGGGAAAAUAUGAUCGCAUUGAAUCCGCAGUGGCUCGGCACGGAGAUUGUCGGCCGUAUGUUCAAAAUCGAGGCGUUACAUAACGUCCGAAUUACCGGAAGUUACACAAUCGACGAUUUGCAAUUGUUUGUGCGUGUGGUGAACACGGUCAAUCUGGUCGCAUUGUUGGAGGCCCUGGGUGUGCUUGUCUGUUGCGUCGUUCAAGAAGAGUCGGUCACCGGUCAACCAAAGAAACGACGUUCACGCAGAAACCAUAACUCCACUGAGUCCGACUUCUUCGAUCAGGCUAGUCAGCGUAGCUCGAGUGCGCCACAAACCCCGCCUACUAAGCGCAAUGUGUCUGUCCAUUUGACCAUGGAUUUGGUGCGCAUGUCUGAUCAGGUUUCUCGAGAUGAUAUCCAACUGGAACUUCCGCGAUACACCUUAAUUCCGAUGCAUUUGCCUGGUUGGGAACACGAAUCAGAUCCAAAUACCACACGUUACCUCGGAUUUCAGUUGACCACGGAGAGGGGACAAAUGGUGCACCUGAUACCCCGGAUACAAGUUCAUUUACGCUACAUUGUAGCAGACCUAUUCAACAAAGGUCGAUGGAAUCGGUCGGGCGAAGAAUGCAAGCCAUCAUUCACUCGCUGGGAAAUGCAUCAGGUAAUGAACGGUUUGCGGAUCACAAUUUUUGAAGGAGCCGUCGAGGUGACCGUCGCAUUGAAUGAGCUUGGUCAGGCCAUUCAUUUGCUUGCUCGAUCAGCUUUGAAACACGUGAGAAAAACAUUCAGUUUGGUGCAUCAACUGGUCACGGAAAUUUGCGACCAUAUUCAUUCCAUUUGCCCAAGCCUCUUGAUCCGAGGUGGACCCCUGUAUGCAUCCGAUUUGGAGGGACACCUCGAACUGCCUACCGCGUGGGACUCGGAACCCUUGAUUUCUACAUUUUGGCACUUGUAUCAGAAAGUGAAGACCCCGUCACAAGCCCAAACCGCCCAAUUACCGGAAACGGUAGAUCAAGAAAAACAGCUGAUCCAGGAUUUGUUUUUCGGUGACGAAAGACUUAUGCAAGAUGCAAUGAGCUGUUACCAAUUACCGCUCAGUUCGCUUCGUUUCCCAGUCGUGCACAUGCUGGCUCGCGAAAUAGAUUGUCACUCUCAUGGGGAGAAUAAAUUGAUUGAAUUCAUCACAGCCUUGGGCGUGUCAGAUGAUCCCGAAGAGUUUUUGACCGUGUUCAGACGUGGACAUUUCUCACCUCAUGCGCCUAGUUUUUUCGAGAGUUUAAUCCAUGCGGAACAGAUCCAGUCAACUGCCAACAUGGAAACGCUGACCAACGCUCUGCGGGUAUUUCAACGUUUUGAUUUGAUCGAAUGCACAUAUCAUUCUCAUCUAUUACUCAGGUUGUUCACACGACGGAAUACCGAAAAGUGA